AUGCCCGGGUCGUCUUCUCUACAUCCUCUGUUGCCUACAAAGCAGAGUUUACUCAUGUCUACAAACUCAUUUUGUCUUGUCUCCUCGCCUCUCGCAGUCGAAAAUCCUUCCUUGACUCAAAUCGGAAGCGUCAAGAUGAAAGAAAUAGGCUAUUCGGACUCAGACAAAUGUGUCAGUGAUCGUAAGGAUGCUGAUGAAACUAGCCAAGCUAGAGAGAUUGAAAAGAAUAAACUGAAAAAUGUAAAGCAGACUUGCAAGGAAUCAAGAAUAGAGUCUGAAGAGCCAUUUGAUAAUUCCUUUGUCCGAGUACCCUGUCACUCAAUCCAUACUGACUCCCAAAACAAAGUUAUAAGGAGUCAGUCUGGAUUCGCAAGAAUCAUUCGCGAGAAUGAUUUAAGUGAAGAAGGUGAAGUGACUGACGACUAUGAUGACGAGGAAGAGGAUUACCGCGGCCUUGAUGAGGACUUAGUUUCUCGUGAUAUGAUUGACGGCGUUUGCAGUGAAGAAGAAAAGUUUCGGGCUGUUGGUGCUGAUAGAGAUAAUGAUGAUAGGCCUACUUCUUUUGGCAAUUAUAUCUCGAAUAAAUUUUCUAUAGUCGAAGACUUUCAUACCACAAGUCCUCAGAAACAUUCAGCUUUAGUUUCUGACGCCGGAUCUCUUAUUCAACUCAAAAACUUUGACCUAUUGGAUUCCAGAUCGCGAAUCAAUCCGGACCAGAGUGCAAUGAACUUGGGGAAUUGUUCGAUCGCCAAUCCAGGUCGGAUGAUCGAUGGAGUUGAGAAGAAAGUUUUGGCCAGUUGUUUAGUUGGUGGGGCAGCAGGGCCUUUUAAUGCUGCACUUCCUUCUACGUUAACAAUGUCUGCAGUACCUGUCUCAAUCACCACUGAGGUUAUGCCAGCUUCUUUUAACUCAUCCAUAGCUGGUCAUGAUAUUAUAAACCCGAUUGGUAAGCUAUAUUUUCAUAAACUCUUAGCUGUUUUAGAACUUCUUAAUCUUCAUAUAUUGUAA